AUGAGCACCACUGUGACUGAAACGCUGCGUCUUCGGACCGGUGUCGUCCACGCGCAGGCGUGGAACGACCGCGCCAACGCCACUUCGGUGGCGCAAACCCGGCCAGCUGUGUCUACUACGGCUGAGUUGUCGCGUGCGCUUGACAACUCUGUCGAGGGUGCGCGUCUCCCAACUGUUCCCCAGCGCGCUGCCCGUCUCCAGCUCCAGCCCCAGCUGCCGCACCCGGCCCUCACCACGCCGGUGUCUGAUGCCAGCAUUCACGCCCUGGUUGAUGCUGUGGUCGCCGCUCGCGACUCGGGCAACCUCGCCGGCCACUCGGACGAGUCGGCAUUCUUCGCUGCCGACCUCUCGGCGGUGUACGACUCGGUCAUGACCUGGCGCAACUCGCCCAUUGGCGAGCGUGUGGAGAUCUUCUACGCGGUCAAGUGCAACCCUUCGCCCAUGGUUCUGCACCUGCUCUCGCUCAUGGGCACGUCGUUUGACUGUGCCUCGACCGCCGAGAUCCAGCAGGUGCUUGCGCUGCCCUCGGCGCCCGACGCCGACCGCAUCAUCUUUGCCAACCCUUGCAAGCCGCCUAGCUUUAUCCGCAACGCGCAGCAGAACGGUGUCCAGAUGAUGACGUUUGACAACGCCGACGAGCUCCACAAGAUCAAGCGCAUCCACCCCAACGCCAAGCUCGUCAUCCGCGUCCUGACUGACGACUCCAAGUCGCUCUGCCGUCUUGGCCUCAAGUUUGGUGCUCCCGUGGACACCUGCUCUGGCCUUCUCCAGCUCGCCAAGGAACUCGGCCUGAACGUUGUCGGCGUCAGCUUCCACGUUGGCUCGGGAUGCAAGGAGCCCGAGCAGUUUGCCGACGCCAUCUGGCGCGCUCGCCGCGUCUUUGACAUGGGCGCUGCUGCUGGCUACAACUUUGAGCUCCUCGACAUUGGUGGCGGUUUCGAGCGCGAGACGUUUGCCCAGAUGUCGGAUGUCAUCAAGCAGAACCUCGACCUGUACUUCCCCCUCGAGGAGGGUGUGCGCGUGAUUGCCGAGCCGGGACGUUUCCUCGUCUCGUCGGCCUUUACGCUCGCCACGAGCAUCAUUGCCCGCCGUCGCGCUCUCGACGCCGCGGCUGCCCCGGCUCCCACCGAGGGCGAGGCCGAGGGCGCCGACGUCAUGUACUACAUCAACGACGGCGUCUACGGCUCGUUCAACUGCAUCAUCUUCGACCACCAGAUUGUGCACCCUUACCCUCUCACCAUUGGCAACACCCCGGCCCCCUCGGCCGCCCGCCCGGCGUUCCCCCCUCCCCCCAACGUCGAGAUGCCCACCGACCUCACUGUCCAGCUGGGCUACAACUCCACCGAGCGCGCUUCGGUUUGGGGCCCUACCUGCGACUCGAUCGACUGCGUUCGCUCCAUCGUCAACCUGCCCCGUGGUGUCGAUGUUGGUGACUGGCUUGGCUGGGGUGAGAUGGGUGCCUACACCCUCUGUGCUGCGAGCACUUUCAACGGCUUUGACCGCUCCCCUGUCCACUGGACCACUGGCGGCGAUGCCCCCCACUCGGCCCAGGUUCGCGCUGUGCUUGACUCGUUCCAGCCUAGCGCAUAA